AUGGCCACCGAUCUAUCUUUUUCUGGAGUUCGUACUGAAGUUCUGUUAGAGAUUGAGAAUUGUGAAAAGCAGUUGUGGACAUUGAUCCAUUCUAAGGGAAUUCUGCACUCGGAUGCUCAAGACUUGUACCGCAAGAUCCGGGCUAGUUACGAGAGGGUUAUGUUAAAUGAUUAUACCUAUGCGGAACUUCAGGAUGUUGAAUAUUCUUUGUGGAAGCUCCAUUAUAAGCAUAUUGAUGAGUUUCGCAAAAUAGUAAAGAAAAGCUCGGGUGAUGCGGAGAGUAACAAAUCCGGAAUGCAGCAAACUGGUGUUGUGCAGAGAAGCAAUGGCGAUCCAUUUAAGCGAUUUAAGUUGUUUUUGUCAGAGGCUUCGGAGUUUUAUCAAAAUUUAAUUCUCAAACUCAGAAAACAUUAUGGAGUGUCGGAAGAAGCAUUGUUUCGUAAAAAGGGUUGGAUAUCGACUUCGGUUGAACCAGAAGUCAAGUUGAAAUGUAAAUAUUUAUGUCAUCGUUGCUUAGUUUGCAUGGGCGAUCUUGCAAGGUACAAAGAACAAUGUGAAAAUCCCGAUACUCAGAAUCCUAAUUGGUCUAUUGCCGCCACCCAUUACUUGGAAGCAACAAGAAUUUGGCCUAAUAGUGGUAACCCCCAAAAUCAGUUGGCUGUAUUGGCAACAUAUAUCGGGGACGAAAUUCUUGCUCUAUACCAUUGUGUAAGAAGUUUAGCGGUUAAAGAACCUUUUCCGGAUGCCUGGAACAAUCUUAUAUUGCUGUUUGAAAAGAACAGGUCAUCUCCUCUUAAAUGUGUUCCCAGCGAAGUCUGUUUUGAUUUCUUACAACGUUUUGGAAGCAUCGGGGAAGAGACGAAGGCACACGUGAAAGAUGAUGACUCAAACUAUAUUGAAGUUGAAGGCGAAAGUAAUCAUUUCACUAAUACAAAGUUAUGGUCCCUUAUGGUUAGAAUGAUAAGUUUCCUCUUCAUAACAUCAAGUUUUGAUGAAUUCUCUAUUGUGUUGGCAUCUACAAUUGGAGAGUUGGAUAAAAUUUUGAAGCUAGAAGAUAAAGAAUUAAAAACUGUGUUGGAGUCUUAUAGUCAAAUGGAUUUAGCCAGAAGAGGUCCUUUUCGAGCAAUACAAGUAGUUUGUAUUAUCAUAUUUUCUCUAAAGAAUCUAAUGGAUAAGCUUCAACAAGAAGAUUCAAAAGAUGAAAACGUUAGGCAGUUAAUGCAGAUGGGGUUUUCUGCUGGAUUUGCUGUCAUGGGACAUUUCGUUGAAAGAUGCCUUAAGGCUAGUUCUUUGAGUCAUGGCCCGUUAUUGCCUUCGGUGCUUGUUUUUGUGGAGUGGUUUUCUAGUGUGCUGGAUGAAGCUGAGGUAUGUACAACUGAUCAAAAGUGUCGAAGAGCCAUUUCGUACUUUUUCGACGUGUUUGUUGAACUUCUAAAUAAACUAGAUGACAAUAGAAAGGAAACCAAAAAGCUUCUCGAUAGUGUUCCGCUGUGGGAGGAUUUUGAAUUGCGGGGUUUUGUACCUAUAGUUUGUGCACAAUUCUCAUUAGAUUUCUGUGGUAAUUGGGAACAUAGAGACAAUUUUGAAAGUGGAAUGGAGUUGCGAGCCGAGCGCAUAAAAAAAGCAGCAAUGAAGAUUGCUAGCCGGUCAAAUACUUCGCAAAAGUGGAUUACAUAUGAUGAACUCGCAAGUAGGUUUUGCGUGGCUAGAUCAGAUGAAUGUCAUGGCAAGGAAAAAGCGGAACUUGGAAAAUCCAAUUCCAAUAGUACCAAAGGGGAAGAGGCUAAUCAGAAAACAAGCAAAGGCACCGGUGAAAAAUGCAAAAGGAUGACGGAGAACAAUCCAAGUAGCUCUAUCGUUAAUGGAAAACCUUCGAUAGUGGAAGAAGAAGAAGUUAUUCUCUUCAGGCCUCUUACAAGGUAUAAUUCAGCACCGUUGUCUCCAUCUAUCUCAACUGAUGAGCAUAUAUCACAAAAAGAAAAUGAUGACAAAAAUCUACCAUCUGAUGAUUGCUUGCGCCGUGCUACAUCUCUUCUUAUGGCACAAAACCCAGCUCAUACUCAAAGCGAUCCGUGGGAGUACCACGGAAGCAGUUUGAAAUUCAGAAGUGACAAAUCAUUGAAACAGCAAGAACUUUCAUCAAGGGAAUCAAAUGCACACACUUACUUAGAAGCCCCAAUCUCCGCUGGUCCUCCAUCGCUCAAUGCUUGGGUGCUUGAUGAAGGAAGUUUGAGCAACAGUCGGAGAAAUGGUGCAAAGGGUCUUAUGGAGCAUAGGUUGGAGCCUAUUGAAGAAAUAGCUUCUUCAUCUUUGGCAGGUUUAUCGAUCAAUAAAAAUGAAAGUACAGUCGUAAGCUCAGAGAACGAAUCUUCAAACUUCAAUGCCUCUUCUACCACAUAUUCUCUUCCAAUACCGUCAGCCCCGUUUUUACCUGAAAAUGUUGCUUGGUUUACUGAUGCACAAGCACAACCUAGUUUAUCUGCUCCAAAAUUUUCAGAAAAUUCACCACAAACAAGUGGUUACCCAGAUUGGAGUUCUAGUUAUGGACCACCCGGAUAUGAUCCUAGAUACCCGGUUUUUAUCAGUGGAUACCCUCCACCUGGACGAAUGACUUCUUCAGAAUGGCUGCGUUGGUACAGAGAGAACCACAAACCUGAGAAAAGCAACAAUUAUACGCAGCCGAUGUAUACCAAUACUCCUGGUCCUGGAAAUCAUGCAAACUUGCUAUAUCAGGACAAUACCUACAGGUUUGAUCAAUUUGACAGAUGGGGCAAUCCUUUGCCUUAUAAUAACCUGUACACGUAUAUUGAGUCGCCAGGUCCCCCACCGUUGCAGCCAGGUUUUCUUGGUGCAGGAGAAUACAAAGCUAGUGUCUACAACAAUUAUCAAAAACCGGUCCCUUUUGGGUGCGGUGCUGCGACAGAACUGAGAAACGAGCCACAGUCUCUGCUGGAGUCUCUAAAGGAGAAGGAAUGGCGACUCCAGCGAGAUUCUAAUCUCAGAGGGCCUACAUUCACAGGAAAUCAGAACUCUUGGCCUGAAACGUUUGCGUCACGGACCAUUCCAUAA